UUUCCAUCUCUGUCUGCCCCUCGUCCCGCCCGCACCGAGGAGGAGAUCCACGUCUCGGCCGCGCUGCGAAGGCAGCGACGUCUGAAAUGAACGCUUGGACUGUAGAUAACGCUCGAUUGAAAGAGGAUUCGCUCGCUGGCGAUUUGCGCAACAGCACCGUGACAUCAAAGAGAGGAUGCAAGGCAGGCCGGCGGACAACGGGGCUCCCGCUCCACCGAGAGGCUCGUCGUUCUUUAUAGAGAAUCUGCUGAGCAAGGGGUGGGAGAAACGGGGGUCGGUAUCGGCAGAAGCCGAGGAGAAAACCUCACACGACACCGACAAGAGCCCCUCGGCUUUGGACUGCUGUAGCGCCACGUCCCGCUGCUCGUACAGAGACUUUUCGAUGCAGUGCACCCGUGAUGGGACUGUGGUGAACAUCGGGGCUUUUGAAACACCACGCAGCCCGUCAUCAGAUGACCCCAGCUGCGCACUAUCGACCAGCGACAGGAACUCCCCCGCCGUUUCCGAACCGAUAACUGAGAGCAGCGACGAAACCGACCAAAAGGCGGCAGACGGCAGCCUCACGGACGAGAACGAGGACGCGUCAAGUGGGCUGGAGGCACGGCGCGAGCGGGACUCAGCGUCCGGGUUGUGCUCCGGUCGGAAGAAGAAGACCCGCACCGUGUUUAGCCGCAGCCAGGUGUUCCAGCUGGAGUCCACGUUUGACCUGAAGCGGUACCUGAGCAGCUCCGAGAGAGCGAGUCUGGCCGCGUCCCUGCACCUGACGGAGACUCAGGUGAAAAUCUGGUUUCAGAACCGGAGGAACAAGUGGAAAAGGCAGCUGGCGGCAGAUCUGGAGGCCACGCACAUCCCGAACUCAACUCAGCGGGUUUUCAGAGUGCCGAUUUUGUAUCACGAGAGGCAAACUUCCGCUGGAGUUCUUGGUUUCAGCUUGAACGGACUUCCAGUUUCCCCCUCCUGGUCCGUCAACCGUCCUCUGUCGCCGUUUGCCCACUCCGUGAAUAUGUUAAGCUCGCAGAUGACCGGCUUGGUGUAGAAACUCAACCUGACUGAGAAAAAAAACAAACUUCAAAUAUUCACUCAGUCAAUAUAAUUGUGCAAUAACCCAGCAUGCUGCAGAGGAAAGGCGGUCUGCACCCAAAGAUACGAAACAAAGAAUUCAUCAUUUUAACAUCGAGAUAUUCUAUGUUUCUGUUCCUGAGGUUGUAGAGUAAGCUACAAAUAAAUAAGCACGGCCAGACUGACAGUAGCGGGUUGUAUGUAAUGUUUAAAUACACGUAUUUUUAAAAA